GGUCCGCAGGGAAGGAGGGAGGGAGGGAACGGGAGGCUCAGGACGUCCCGCUGCCCCCUCGGGUUUCCUGGGCUCCCUCCCGGCUCGGUGCCGCUUUCGCUUUCGGCGGCGGCUCCGCCGCGGCCCGAGUGGUCCCGGGGGGGGUCCCGGGGGUGGCUCCGGGAGCGAUCGGGGGUCCCCGUGCGCCGCCCUCCGCUCGGCAGCGCCAUGGACUCGCCCCCUCCCAGCUCUGCUCUGGUGCCGCUCCUGCUCCUCCUGGCCGCGCCCGCUCCCGGCAGCUGCUGCUCCUUCGCCUUCAACCCCGUCAGCAGCACCUUCCGCGCCCACCUCAAUAACCUGACUCCCUGGCUGCUCCUCGACUACCCCGUGGCGAUGCCCAGCAACCUGGAGCCGGACAGUGGCUGCUCUGAUCUCUGGGGGGUGCACUUUGGGGCAGUGGCUCUGCAGCGAAUGUUGGGGGUGGCGGGGAAGGACUUGGCCCCCCUGCUCAGGACCCUCCUUGCCCAGCUCCACUUCGUGGCUGAGUGUCACAUCCAGGACCCCCAGGGCUGUGUCCGGCUGGAGACGGUGAACGUGUCGCAGCUGCUGGAGACCCUGGUGCAGCACCUGGGGGAGCUGCAAGGGAGACCCCCCCACUUCCCUGGCUGCGCCCACCUGCGCUGCCAGCCAGGUAGCCCCCCGGGACCCCCGAGAGACCCCCAGGACCCCUCCAGGGCAGCUGCUGACCCCCAUCUCCCCCCAGGGCCAGCGCUGACUAGCCUGGCCGUGCGGCACGAGGGGACCCUGGGGGCCAGGCAGGGACCCCCCAGCCCUGCUGGACACGGGCUGGUGCUGCUGGGGGGAGUCGGGGGGGCCCUGGGCCUGGCGGCGGCAGCCUGGAUGCUGUGGAGGAGACCCUGUGCCCAGCCCUCACAGGCACCCCCGACGUCAGAGCAGGACGGGACCUGAGUGGCUGAGCGGUACCUGGGGACAAACACAGGCUGGCCUGAACCACUGGUCAGAGACUGGGAUGCCCCAGUUCCCUGCUGGAAGCCCUUGGGGGCCACACCGGGAUCUCCUGGAGCCACAGAGAGACGGGGGGGCCCGGCCUGGCCUCCGCAGUGCCCAUAAAGCUGAUGUGGACACCCUGA